GGGGGCGUAAGAAUCGGCCCGGCGCAUGCGCACGCUCCCCGGCCCCUAAUCUCACGAGAGUUGCGCCGUCGAUCUUCGCGAGAAGUGGGGCGGCCCCCUGCCCGCAGGACCGGCCAUGGCGACUAAGGUGGUGACGGCCGCCAGCACGGCCGCCAAGACCGUUUUCAGGCCGGUGGUCUUCGGCCGCUCUUGGGAGGUUUUAGGUGCCCGGGAGGCCGACCGGAGGGGCUUCUCCUCACAGCGAACAAUUCCUCCUUCUGCCAAGUAUGGUGGCCGGCACACCGUGACCAUGAUCCCCGGGGACGGCAUCGGACCUGAGCUGAUGCUCCACGUCAAAUCGGUGUUCAGGCAUGCCUGUGUCCCCGUGGAUUUCGAGGAGGUGCACGUGAGCUCCAACGCAGACGAAGACGACAUCCGCAAUGCCAUCAUGGCCAUCAGGCGUAAUCGCGUGGCACUGAAGGGCAACAUCGAAACCAACCAUAACCUGCCGCCCUCUUAUAAAUCCCGCAACAACAUCCUCCGGACCAGCCUGGACCUGUAUGCCAACGUGAUCCACUGCAAAAGCCUGCCUGGGGUGGUGACGCGCCACCAAGACAUCGACAUCCUCAUUGUGCGGGAGAACACGGAAGGGGAGUACAGCAGCUUGGAGCAUGAGAGCGUGUCUGGGGUGGUGGAGAGCCUGAAGAUCAUCACGAAGGCCAAAUCCCUGCGCAUCGCCGAAUACGCCUUCAAACUGGCCCAAGAGACAGGGCGCAAGAAAGUGACCGCCGUACAUAAGGCCAACAUCAUGAAGCUGGGUGAUGGGCUCUUCUUACAGUGCUGCAAGGAGGUGGCUGCCCGCUACCCCAACAUCACUUUUGAAAACAUGAUUGUAGACAACACUACCAUGCAGUUGGUGUCCCGCCCCCAGCAAUUUGAUGUCAUGGUGAUGCCCAAUCUCUACGGCAACAUCGUCAACAAUGUGUGCGCCGGCUUGGUCGGGGGCCCAGGCCUGGUGGCCGGAGCCAAUUACGGGCACGUCUAUGCUGUAUUCGAGACGGCGACCAGGAACACUGGGAAAAGCAUCGCCAAUAAGAACAUCGCCAACCCCACGGCCACGCUGCUGGCCAGCUGUAUGAUGCUGGACCACCUGAAGCUCCACACCUACGCGGCUUCCAUCAGGAAGGCGGUCCUGGCAUCCAUGGACAACGAAAGUAUGCACACACCAGACAUCGGUGGUCAGGGCACCACGUCCGACGCCAUCCAGGACAUCAUCCGCCACAUACGUGUCAUCAACGGCCGCGCCGUCGAGGCCUAGCGCCCUGCCUGGGGCCUACGCGGCCCCGGCCGCCCGUCCAAGCCGUGGAAGGACGGGGGAGCCGGCCCUCACUCCCAUAUUUAUUUGUGGAGGUGCCCGGCCUGGGCCAGACUGGCUUGUCUGACGACGAGGCGGUGUGGCCUUAGGGAUGAGAAUUGGCCCCCACUUGCCAGCAUCCUGCCUCGCUGUAGUGGAGCCUGCUGCUCCUUUUCAUUCCAGCCACCCGGCACCUGUGUCUGUUACAGAAUAAAUGAACUGAGUGGAA